GUGGAGAUUCUACACUUGCCCAACCCGUAUAGCAUUAUAGCCAUGCGUUGCCCAGCUUUCCUCGCACUCUGCCUGCUUGCCAUUCUGGCCAUGACUGUGGCCGAGAAGGAAAGGAUCUAUUGCCCUUGCCAUCGCAUCCUUGAUCCUGUGUGCGGAUCGGACUCGAAGACCUAUAGCAACCAGUGUGAAUUCGACUGUGCAGUUACAAACGGAGCCUCCAUUACCAUUAAGCAUAAGGGAAGAUGCUAGGAAACGGAGCAUGGUUCCCAAUUGGUUGUCGAAUAAUAUGUGACUAAUAAAUAUGUGUCUUAAGCUUUAGCUUAAGCUGUGUUUAAACAA